AUGUCUAGUAGAGUCACCUACAACAAGGUGUUUGAGAAAGUGUGGGGUGCUUCUGAGCAGAGAGUCCACGUGACUGUCGACCUCUUGCUGUCCUGGAAACACCUCCCCAAUGUGGCUGUGUAUGAUUAUGCCAGGGGUCUGGCACUGCAUGCCAACCACAGGCAGCCAGGAAUAUUUGCCCCUUUUCAGGGAAGGUUACUGGAUCCCACCCCAGAAAACGUGAAGAAGGCCUCGGAGGGAAAGGUCCAUGUCAGCUUGCCCUGGCUGAAAUUUCAAAAAAAGCCAGCUGACAAAGAUGGUCACCCUCUUACUGGAUCUUCACAGCAUUUUGCUUUAAACGAUGUGUUCCACCAGGGGAACAGCAAAGACCAGUGUGAAGUUCUAAGAAAACUGGAGCUUGUUCCUGAACUUGCUGGUCUAAUUAACAGCCAGUGUGCCGAGCAGCUGUUUUCAGGGAUGAGAAAUAACAACUACUUUUUAAAUCAGACAACCCCAUCAACACACAUUUUUCUACAAAGAAACAUUCUCCACCACUACAACAUGGCAAGAAACCAAACAAUCAAAAAUCAGUACAGCAAGAUUGUUCCUCCAGAUGUUUCAUUGCAGUUUGACACCCAUGGAAGGGUAGUCUUAGCUCACUCCCCAUCAGCUGCGAUGUCAACUGGGUCAUAUGGGAAAGAACAAGAAGACUCUCAUGAGUAUGAGUCAGAAGUAGAAAUGCAGUGUGACACCCUUGGAAUGGUAGUCUUAGCUCACUCCCCAUCAGCCGUGAUGUCAACUGGGUCAUCAGGGAAAGAACAAGAAGACUCUCAAGAGUUAAAUGAUGACAGUGAGCAGAGACCUCAUGGACACUUCCCUAGUCUCCACAAGUUUUCAGCACACAGAGCAUACUGGGGACAGAAACUCCAAGACAGCCAGGAACAACUGCUGUCUCAUGUCUUGGAUGAGACCAAAAGUCACACUCAGCACCUUGCAAUGGUGAAUAACAUCAUCCUGACCCGCUUUGACUUUUGGACUCUGGGUUUGCAGCAGGACAUUGAGGGAACGAUCCUGAACUCUUGUCUCAAAAUGAUUGAGAAGGUAGUGUAA